CAGCUUUGCAAUACGCAAUCAGGCUUUUUUAAUUGUGUUUACAAAGCAUAGUACAGGAUGGGUCAAAACUGAUUUAAUUAUUUAAAAAACUAAAAAAAAAAAUGUAUUGGCUGUCGGAGCAUUUUACAUACCUUAAACAUUUUACAAAUGUUUUACAAAUGUUUAAGGUAUUGUUUAUGAUAGAUGGAAUUAAGUGAAACUGAUUGCCAACAUAAAAAAUGUCGCAAGCGCUUGUCGCUUCAACAGUCUUCAUUUCCUAUGGGCCUGUUCGAGUUGAAUGGGGACCGCCCAAAGAGGGAGGGAUAGGCGAUGUGCCAACGGGAUUGUUUUCACGAGUGCGGCAACGCAGCGGAAAAUUUUAGUUAGUAGUGAAGUAAAUAUGGCGAUACGAUGGGUGUGUGUAACUCUCCUCUGCCUUGCAACUUGUCAAUUGUGUAUUAGUUCUUCUCAAUUCCUUCCAAAUUUGGGACGAGCAGAGUCCCAGUUUGCACGUCACCGCACAUUCCGGCCGUCAGCCUACCAUGGCCGCGAAAAGCGACAACUGCAACACACCCGCCGCGAGAACGGACACGUCAACGAUUUGUCAAUCAUCUAUUCUUUGGAUAAUGAUUCGUAUAUACUAGACCUUCGAUUAAAUAGAGAUCUGGUGCCCGAUGGCUACUUUGAAAAGUACCAUCAGGAUGGUGAGCAAAUAACCGAGCGGUCAAAUGGCACGGCCAAACAAGCCCAGCUGUGCCAGUACCAAGGGCAAAUUCGCCAUGUCCCUAAGUCGUGGGCGGCCCUGUCGACAUGUGCUGGAUUAAGAGGUGUGAUAUUCGAUGGCCAGGAACUUCAUUAUGUUGAACCACAGAGUGGUUCGUCGCUGGACGACGAACACCUUUUGAUGAAACACUCUGAUCUGACUGCCAACUUUUCCUGCGGAACACAUUCCGCCUUGCCCCAUUCUAGUCACAGCCAUCCAAGGGUGAGGCGACAAACAGAUUUGCCUUCAGGCACUCCUGCAGCCAGUGGCCCAUUUAAAGCUAAUAGCCGAUCCCGUUACGUCGAGCUAGUUCUUGUUGUCGACAAUAAAAGCUAUGAAAGUCAGGACAAAGAUCUCAACCGAGUCUUUAGGCGAUGCAAAGAUAUUGCCAACAUUGUUAACGCGCUGUACGCGCCCCUCAACAUUUUUGUUGCUCUGGUCGGCAUCGUCGUCUGGUCAGAAAAGGAUGAAAUUCAAAUUUCCGUUAAGGGUGAUGAGACAUUGACCAACUUUCUACACUACCGCCGCGUCCGGUUAUCGAAAGAGCAUCCUAACGAUAAUGCGCAACUACUUACUGGUGUUCAGUUUCAAGGGGGAGUAGUCGGUAAAGCUCUCAAAGGCCCCAUGUGCACCUAUGAAUUUUCUGGCGGAGUAGCGAUGGAUCACAGCCCAACGGUCGGUCUCGUUGCAACAACAGUGGCGCACGAGAUGGGGCAUAAUUUUGGCAUGGAGCAUGACAACGAUUCCUUGUGCCAUUGCCCAGAUGACAAGUGCAUCAUGGCUGCAUCUUCUAGUGCGGUCAGUCCGACUCAUUGGAGCUCAUGCAGUUUGGAAAAUCUGGCAUUGGCCUUUGAACACGGAAUGGAUUAUUGUUUGCGCAACAAACCAGUGAGCCUAUUUAAAAGUCCAGAAUGUGGCAAUAUGUUUGUUGAAGACGGUGAAGAAUGCGAUUGCGGCCUUCCAGGACGGUGUGACAAUCCUUGCUGCAAUGCCCAUACGUGCAAGUUACACGUCAACGCCACCUGUGCCACCGGUGAUUGCUGUGACACUGCGACGUGCCGCAUGAAUGCAGGCUCCCCGUGCCGAUCUUCUUUGCAGGAAUGCGACCUCCCAGAAUUUUGCACAGGCAAAAGUGAAUAUUGCCCAGUGGAUCUCCAUAAGUUGGAUGGCACCUCUUGCGGUCAAGAUAAAGCCUAUUGUUACGAAGGAUCCUGCCGUAGCCACUCGGAUCAAUGUCGACUUUUGUGGGGUCCUUCUGGCAAAGGUUCCGACGCCAAGUGCUACGACCAAAACACGCAUGGCAAUAAAACGGGCAACUGCGGCUAUCUCAAAGCCAACGACACCUUUGCAAAAUGCCUUGACGAAAACACGCACUGUGGGUUGUUGCAUUGCUCACAUCUGAAUGAAAGGCUAGAGUUCGGCAUGGAAUCCGUGGCCGUCUUAUCUCAUUCGUUUUUCAACGUAGAAGGAAAAAUCAUUCCAUGUCGAACAGCUAAUGUUGAUCUGGGCCUACAAGACGUCGAUCCGGGUCUAGUCCCCAAUGGCGCCAAAUGUGGGCAUAAUAAGAUGUGCGUUGAUCAGCGCUGUGUUGCCGUUUCUUCAAUAAUAAAAGCAGGAUGCCCACAAAAAUGCGGUCAAAACGGCGAGUGCAAUAACCUAGGUAAAUGCCACUGCAAAGUCGGGUUUGAUCCACCCUAUUGUCAACAUUUUGGGGCUGGAGGCAGUGAAGAUGGAGGACCAGCAUCCGAUCCUAAUGUACGAAAUGGUUUCGUGGUUGCCAUGUUUAUCAUCUUCCUUGGCAUCUUUCCCAUCAUGGCGCUUGCAUUCUGUUGCUGGUACUGCUGUCGUGAUCGACAGCAAAGAACACAACUUUGGGCCAAAAUUAUGGGCGGGCCAAAAUUAUCAUUGCCAACACGUGGCAGUCCCGAUUUUACCCAACCGCCGAGUAGCUCCAACAGUUCAACGACAUCUUCGCCAUCCAGACGGAUUCAAUAUCGAGGGCGAUUGUUUUGCCCAGUUAGUUGGUGGACGAACAAGAUGUCAAGUAGACGACUGCCUGCAGACGAACCCACGACCCGAAAUAACACUGUCAAGAUUGAAAUCUCCCGGCCAAUGCCAAUCCGCCCAAACAAGCUCGGAAUUAUUGGCAAUGGAUCAACUCCUUCUGUUACAACUGCAUCAGUUUCACGAGCGCCGCCCAGCUCUAUUGCCCAAAACCUUGCCGGCCAAUACCCUGGCGUUACUCUCUCGCCUCUUACUGAGAAUGCAGAUUCCAGCUUUGAUAGUUUCGAUAGUGCGGAUUCAGCGGAUGCCCUAGUCGCAAUCCAGCACCUGUAAUCAACGGUGGCGUCCCGAAGAACGAAACAAACAAAUCGGUCGGGGUCGUUGCCGCCCGCGCAAGCUUUUUCUCCAAUGGGCCCGUCUCGAGCAGUAAUGCAACUGCUGCCUCCUCUGUCCCCGUCAGACCAGCCCCUGCUGCUCCCGUUGCUUCAAGCGCAUCGCCACCCCCAAAGCCAGCCGUCAGUCUUCCACCCCGCAAUCAAAUAUCCACAACUCCGACACUGGGUCAUACAGAAAUCGUCAUCUCAAAAACGAUAGUUCCAGUCUCGACAAAUGAUUCUUUGGUUAUAACGGUGGGAAAACCAGAACUGCCUCCCAAGGGUCGUCCGCUGUCAAUUCCAAACGCGUGCAAUGUCAAAGGCCCUAACUGGACAGAACCCGUUCCCCUCUCAAUCUGUUCCGA